AUGGAGUCUGUGGUCCUCGGCACUUUCUGGGUCUGGUACCUUUAUGACGAUGCCCUCACUGCCCGCCUGGCCAAAAAGUAUCAGUCUCUGCCUCUGCCUAAGGAGCCCUCCUACUCCAGCAGAGACGUGAGCAUCAUCAUCCCAACUAUCGAUACACCUGAUACUUUCACGGACUGCCUUCGUCUUUGGUUGGCCAACAAUCCUCGUGAAAUUAUUAUUGUCACCAUCGAGCGUGAUCUCCAGCGCGUUUACGACCUCGUCAAACCAGUUAUUCCCGAAGGCGAGGAACGCAUCAGUCUGAUGACAGCUGACUAUGCCAACAAGCGAGAGCAGCUAGUUGUAGGUAUCAAGGAGGCAAAGGGUAAAAUCUUGGCCCUUGUCGACGAUGAUGCCUUUUGGGGCUAUGAGGUUCUACCUUCUCUUCUUGCUCCCUUUGAGGACAAUAAUGUUGGCGGUGCCGUGGGCAAGCAGAGCGCCCACAUCCCGAAGUCGCGUCGUGAUCCUGCGGUCAUCACUCCUUGGGAGGUUGCUUCCCUUCGAUCCCUUGACAACCAGAACAACAUCCAGGCAAUCCGUUUUGCUGCUGAUGGAGGCUGCUUUUGUCUUGUCGGAAGAACUCUCCUGAUGCGAACUGAGAUCGCUAUGGACGUCCGCUUCAUACAUGCCAUCACUCACGAAUACUGGCGCGGCAAGCGCCUCAACACUGGUGAUGAUGUCUUCAUUACUCGCUGGCUUCUCAGCAAGGGGUGGGAUGUUAGCAUUCAAAAUGCUCCUGAGGCAGAGAUCACGACCAGUGUCAUGCGUGACUCCAACUUGCUUCGUCAGAUGACCCGCUGGCAGCGUAACGCAAUCCAGUCAUUCCUCACCACUGUGGUCUACAGUCCGGGCAUCUGGAACAUACACAAGAAGCAUCCUUACAUGGCUCGCAAGAUGAUUGAACGUCUUCUUCGUCCUGUUCUGGCAUGGAUCCAUAUUGCUGCCUUUAUUCAGGGCUUUCGCAACAGCUCGUGCCUAAGCUAUUUCGCCGCCUUUUGGUACAUUUGGAGAAUGUUCAGUACAUACACCCGCUUUGUCCGCCGCUUUCCGUGGGCUUCCAGAAGCAUCUGGGCUGCUGUCCUUCUCGACAACUGCCAUCCGAUUCUUGAUGUGUACGCAUGGAUCACUCUCAGCACAGAGGCCUGGGGCACUCGCAAUGAGGAUGCUUAG